AUGACGAAGGCAAGGCAACAGGAAAUGCCACGAAUCUGCGAGAACGAGGUAGGACUGCUGUCGAGCGGGGACAACGUGGCAACUGAAGGAGAAGAGAAAGAAGAGGAUAUCGCGUCCACGCAUAAUCCCACAACAAGGGAUUGUGAGAGUGUUGAUCACUCACAGUCAUUGAGCAAUGAUAUCGAGCAACUGACGCCUUACGUGGCUAAGUGCUUUGGACAUCUAGAGACACUAAGGAAGCGCAAACGCGACCAGGAGGAACAAGUGGAGGCUCUUGUCGAGGAAACCUUCGGACAUAUCGAAGCCAUCAUGCAGGAAAUAAUGCGCGGGUUGCAGGAGCGCCAUGCUGCUUCGCACGCGCAGUUCGUAUCUACCGACUACGAGCUCACGCGCAGUCUCCGCGCACACAACCGGACAGAGAAAAAACUUAAGAUGGUUGCAGCCAUCUUACUGCACGAAGAAGGCGACUUGGAGCUCGAAUAG